ACUUCCGCACUGUUGUAAAACCUGCGGUAAGAACACAAUCGCUUCUGCCGCAAAACGCCAUGUUUGUCGCAAACUAAGGGUUCGACUGCAACUACACAAACAAACAACAGAAUCAUCUGCGCGGAUUAAAAGUCCUUAUAUGUUCACUUGGUUGUCGACGUUUUCUGAAACGAUGGCAGCGUCUUCGACGUCCUCUUCUGCGGGAGGCGUGAGUGGCAGCUCGGUGACUGGCUCUGGUUUCAGUGCUUCUGAGCUCAUCCCCCCGAGAAAGGUCCUGUACACAUAUCCCAAAGGUGCCGGUGAAAUGAUGGAAGAUGGCUCCGACAGAUUUUUAUGCGAGUCUGUAUUCAGCUACCAAGUCGCCUCAACACUGAAACAGGUUAAACACGAUCAACAAGUGUCUCGAAUGGAGAAACUCGCGAGCUUAGUCGAGGAGCUGGAAGCGGAUGAGUGGCGGUACAAACCCAUUGAACAGCUGUUGGGAUUUACACCAUCUUAAGUUAAGAGACACUGGUGCCUUUGGCUAAUAAAUCAGCCAAAUAUAAGGAGGAAGGAGAUAAUUCUAUUUCCAUUAAUAAAUUAUUUUGCUUUUUGUAUGGGUCUAUUCUAUAUCUGAUGUGUUAACUGUUAGAUACUAAAUGUGAGAUUUACUAUUGUAUGAGCAAGGUGUACUUUUUUUUUUAGCAACUUAUCCCCGUUAUAUUUGACCAACAUACAAAAAGCUGCUUAUCUUAUAUAAUAAUAACUAAACAAAUCAAAGUUUUGUAAUAGAUUGUUAAUACUUUUUGAGCUGGUUUAAGCUAAGUGCUGCCAGUCCAAUCUUCUCUAAGCUUGAGACAAAAAAAAAUCUUUGGAAACACAAUGAUUCCAUUGAAGUGAAGCAUUGUUUUUCCACCUGGCUGCACUGUAACUCAUAAAUCUGAAAACCUGGUGCCUGUUCAGUCCAUCCUCCUUCUCUCUGUGGAUCCUCAGCCCUCGGAGAAAACAAAGAAAAGCUUGUAAAUAAAGUCAAAAACUUCCACAUUU